AUGCCCCUAUCCUCGCAUCGUGCGCACGACGGCAUCUGCCGACCGCACUUCCGCUUCGACCUUGCGCAAGCGCUGCAGGCGUUUGAUCCCGCGUGUGUCAGCAUGGCCGAGGUGCAAGUACUUCUAAACCCCACCGAAUCAAGCUUGUCUGCAGCGUCCGUGUACGUUAUUACCGGGGUGUCAAAGGGCAUCGGGUUCGAAUUGGUCAAGCAAAUUUCAGAAGACGCAAGGAACCUAGUCGUCGGCCUGGUCCGCGAUAAGGCUGCGACCGAGAAGAAGGUGGCAGCAGAGCUAGGCGAUCGUCCCAAUGUCCACAUCCUCCAUGGAGACCUUACCAGCAACGCCAGCCUAAAGAAGGCUGCUGCCGACACUACCAAGAUCGUUGGCGAACGUGGCGUCGACUACCUAGUUGCAAACGGAGCUUUUCCGUCCCUCUUCGAUGCCUAUGACCCCAUCGGCGUACUGGGCGACAAGGUCGCGGAGUUGGAGGCUGUUUCGUCGAAGCUAUUCCAGACCAGUGUCGUCGGCAACAUUCAGCUCUUCAACCUCUUCCUUCCGCUUGUCAUGAAGGGCAAGAUCAAGAAGGUCAUUGCUGUUUCUAGCGGCCACGCCAACCUCGACUUGAUCAAUGAUCUUGAGGUUGAGAUAAGCGCUUUGUACGCUGCCUCCAAGGCGGCCUUGAACGUCAUUGUGGCCAAGUUCAGCGCACAAUACAAGAGAGAUGGUGUGCUCUUCGUGAGUAUGAGCCCGGGAGUAGUAGAGGUGGGACACUUUGCGGAUGCCACUCCAGAACAGGUCCAAGGCGUGAUGGGAUUCAUGAGCAAGCUUGCAACCUACGCCCCUCACUUCAAGGGCCCGACCCCGGUAGACGAAGCCAUCCAAACUAUCAGGUCGACCUGGGAGAGAAUCAGCAUCGACAAUGGGUAUGGCGGGGCGUUUAUCUCGCAACAUGGAAACAAGCAGUGGUUGUAA